GGCUGCGCCUGUACAAUGCCAACCCUUAGCCAGCGAAAGCGACUGUGUGAAGCUUGAACCCCAGCAGGGGAGUAAGCUCUGCCCGCAGAUGGCCCUUUUCCCGCCCACGCUCGGGCGGGCACCUGUGCAGCUACCUGCACGGGGGACACGCUCCCCGGGGAGGGAGGCGUGCGGGGGAAAGGCUCGCAGGGCGCGCCAGGCGGGGGUGCCACUUGCCCGGGGGUUGGGAGCCGAGCAGCGGCCCUUGCAGGGGGUGAGGCCCGCCCAGCAGGGGUCCGCCCCGCGCUGAGCUGGGAGGAGGGAGGAGGGGCCGCACCGCAUCGCCGCCGCCGGAGCCCCAGGCACGGCGCCGCAGCCGGACGCCUGGCGGGCGGGCCAGCUCCGAGCGCGGCCCUCCACUUCCUGCACCGCUCCAGGCGGGACCCAGCGCGGCGCGGCGCGGCGCGGCGCCCCGCUCGGCAUGGCGUGCUGCUGGGGCGAGUACCGGAUGUUUAUAACUGGCUAUGCUGUAACAGCUGGAUCUGCAGAAAGACUUGUAUAUGGGUAUGACAGCUAUGGGAAUACAUGUGGUAGGAAGAACACUCAUAUUGAAGGUGCACCUCUUUCUGGACAGGAUAUGACAAAUAAAAAACAUGUGUUCUUUUUGAAUUCAUGCGGUCUGGAUAUUGAAAACCUUAAAAUCAAUUCAAUCACCUUGUGUGUAUCUAGCUGUCCUCAAGAGCAACUUAACUCUCUGGAAGACAUCCAGCUUUUUGCAAAGAACAAUGGUUCUUGCCUUUGUGUUUAUAACUUGAACAUAUCCAGUUACACUCUAAAUCCAAAGGCAGCUGAGCUUUGUCCCACACUGCCAGUUCCACCAAGCAAAUCCUUCCCAUUGUUUAAUCGAUGUGUUCCACAAAACCCUGAGUGCUAUUCGCAGUUUGCGUCCAUCUUGAUAAAUGUGGUUAACGAAGUUGAUGCUUUUCAUCGUAUUCUGAGUGGAAUAAUGGCAGGAAGAGAUACUGUAAUAGGACUGAGUGUCCUUGCACUAGCCUUCUCUUUAAUAAUGGUUUUAACCUUCAGAUUCAUCACCACACUUCUGGUCCGUAUUUUCGUGACACUAGUUGUGUUUGGAUUGUUAUUUGUCUCAGGUGUUCUGUGGUGGCUCUACUAUGACUACACCAACGACCCAAGCAUAGAACUGGAAACUGAAAAGGAAAAUGUAAAAUUUUUACUUGGAUUUGCUAUCAUAUCUACCGUGAUUACGAUGGUUUUACUUUCCCUCAUAUUUGUACUAAGGAAGAGAUUUCAGCUGACUGUACAGCUCUUUUGGGUUGCUAAUAAAAUAAUUAGCAAGGUCCCUUCCCUACUGUUCCAGCCACUAUGGACCUUUUUGAUUCUCAUUUUCUUCUGGGUGUUCUGGGUUGCUGUGCUACUUAGCUUAGGAACUGCAGGGAAUGCACAAGUCAUUUCAGGAGGACAAGUAGAAUAUAAAAUUCUGUCUGGCAUUCGCUACCUAUGGUGGUACCAUUUAGUCGGCCUUAUCUGGACGAGUGAAUUCAUCCUGGCUUGUCAGCAGAUGACUAUCGCUGGAGCAGUGGUUACUUGCUAUUUUAACCGAAAUAAGAGUAGCUCACCACGACACCUGAUCCUGUCUUCUGUAUCAGUUCUUUUUUGCUAUCAUCAAGGAACAGUUGUAAAAGGGUCAUUUUUAAUCACAAUAGUGAGAAUUCCAAGAAUUAUUCUUUUGUACCUUUAUGAUGCUCUAAAAGAAAAGGAGAGUGCAUGUGCAAGAUGCAUGUUCAAAUGCUGUUUCUGCUGCUUUUGGUGUCUAGAAAGGUGCCUAAGAUACUUUAAUCAGCAUGUAUACACCACAACGGCCAUAAAUGGGACAAAUUUUUGUACCUCGGCAAAGGAUGCUCUCUUUAUUUUAGCAAAGAAUUCUGCUAAUAUAGCAUUCAUUAAUUGCUUUGGAGACUUCAUCAUUUUUCUAGGAAAGGUAUUUGUGGUAUGUUUCACUGUUUUUGGAGGGUUAAUGGCAUUUAACUACCAUCGUGAGUUCCAUGUAUGGGUAGUUCCUCUGUUGCUAGUUGCACUUUUUGCCUGCUUGGUAGCCCACAGCUUUUUGUCGGUAUUCGAAGUGGUCAUGGAUGCCCUGUUUUUUUGUUUUGCUGUUGAUAUGGAAACAAAUGAUGGAUCUCCAGAGAAGCCAUAUUUCAUGGAUCAAGAAUUACUGAGUUUUGUGAAUCACAGCAACAAGCUAACAGAGUGGGGAAAAAACAGAAAGCAAAAGACCCCCCGAAACAAUGAAGAUGGUACAGAACUACAGCCUAUGGUGAAACGGGAACAAAGACGAUGUGAUGAGGACAUCAAAUAACAUAUUGUCUCCCAGAUGUACUACAAGAAUGGGGAUAGACUGUAAAUAUUUAUUUUCUACUUUGUGAUUUCUUUCAGCAGCCAGAUUGUUGAGCCCCAGGGCUUUCAUCCCUUCAUACUAAUCACUGUUAUUGACACUGGAAGCUCAGGGCCAGAUUUUGGCCAUAAUUGGCCAGCAAUGAACUCUGCUGGUGUAAAGCAGGCAGAACUGGCUUUUGUGCCAACCACCCUUUCCAUCCCCAGCAUAGAGAGGGAUGAAGAGGCCCAGAGAGAGCAUGUGGCAGGGUUCCUUGCAGCCACAUUGGCAUAAAGGCUCAAAAGGCCUUAAGUGUAAAUUACUGUAGUGCUAGGUUGUUCUAAUUCACACUGGGACUAGUGUAGAUUUCCCAGUUUCCUGCACUGAGCAGUGCUCAAAUGUGGUGGAGAAUCUGGUACAUGGUUUAAGCUAAAAGAAAAGGAGUACUUGUGGCACCUUAGAGACUAACAAAUUUUUUGAGCAUAAGCUUUCGUGAGCUACAGCUCACUUCAUCAGAUGCAUUUGGUGGAAAAUUUAAAUAACAAAUUGGUUAGUCUCUAAGGUGCCACAAGUACUCCUUUUCUUUUUGCGAAUACAGACUAACACGGCUGCUACGCUGAAACCCAUGGUUUAAGCUGACAUUUUUGUUUGAUUGUGCUUUACACUGUUGAAAAAUUAGGAGGUGAAAGAAGGGAGAUACCCCCUCAAGAUGCAGUUUCAGACUUAAAGACUAAGAGUUUGUUUUCAAGCACAAUUAACUCAAGUUUUAUUUUCAGUGUUACCCCUAGACUCCCAUCCACACUCACAAAUCACUACCUUGAGUUAGACCAUGUCUACACUACACUAGUUUUAUCAACAUAAGGCAGCUUAUGUCUACCUAACUAGACGUGUACACACUGCAAUGCUCUUCCCACCGCUUUAACUCGCCUGCUACGCUGACGAAAUAAAACCACCUUGAUUAGAGGAAUAGAGCUUAGGGCAGCGUAGUUAGUGAUGCAGUGUCAGUGUAAACACUGCAUUGCAUACUUCACCCUAAGUGGUUUCCAGGAGGUAUCCCAUAAUGCCAACCCUGACAGCUCUGGUCACCAUUUUGAACUCCCCUGCCAUGAUGCCUGGUAUACAAGUGAACGCCCCUCACCUGUUAAAGGCCAGGGAAGUUUUGAACUUGCUCUUCUUGUUUGCUCAGGGUGGAGAGCUCACAGAGCAACUGCCCAGCUGAGCAUGCUGGUUCCAUGCAGUACCCUGCCUUGAGUACACGGUGGUGGAUCUCCUGGAUGGGGGAGAGGAGGCUGUGCAGGUGCAGCUCCGCUCCAGCCUCAGAAACUUGCUCGGGGAAUGGAGGAGAAGGGCUCCAAUAGGGACGUACAGCAGUUCAAAGAGCUGUGGCAGGCAUAGAAAGGCAAAUAGUCACCUCUGGUGUGCAGCUGCAGACAUGCCGCUUCUACAAGGAAGAGGCUGGGGUCAGGGUGUUGGUGAAUAGCUCCCUGCCUUGAGCUCCUCUUAUAGCCUUGUGGUUAUAAUGCCAGCACAAUACUGAAGAGCAGUGCAGGAUCCAUGUGUUCUGCCACAGAUGGCUGGCGCACAGGUUACCAGGGCAGUUGAAAAGCAGCUGGAAACCUAGUAGGAUGCCCAUGGAAUGAUGGGAUUGAGAAACCGGCAUCAUGUGACAUUGAACCUGCCCCCAUAUGACAUUGCAAACCCUCUCCAAAACACCCUACGACCAGUUGCACAGUGGGAUAGCUACCCACAGUGCACUGCUUUCUGUGUCAGUGCAAGAGCUGCUACUGUGGAUAUACUCCGCUGACACAAGGAGCUUAGUGUGGACACGCAACAGCUGUUUAAUUACAGCGACUUAACUUUAAGUAGUUAAGACAUUAGCCUUAAAUGGUGGUUUAUGCUUGAGCCUGUUUAGGCGGGUAAGGGAUGGGAUAGUUUGAGACUCAAAUGAUGCUGAAGCUCAAGCUCCUAAUGCUGUAGGGGUGUAACAGCUUGAGUUACAAGUCAUUAGCAGCUAAUCCAAUCACUCUGUUAAUCCAAUUACUCUGUACUGGUAAUCAAAUCACUCUGUAACUCCAUGUUUUUUUUUUUACAGUGUGGUUGCUCUUGCUUGAGGUAGGCUAGCUCAGAUGCAGUUUUUUUGAGUGUACAAACUCGAGUUACGUUGCUGUGAAGACAAGCUCUCCGAGAAGAAGGUUGCCAGUUGAUUUUAAUGGAGCUAUGACAAUUUACAUCAGCUGAGAAUCUGACUCCGUGUGUUUAGAACUCAGCAUGAUUGUCACCCAGGCACAAAAUAUAAUUCUCAAUAAAGCCAGGGUUGGCUGAUAAAUGUUCUGCAGCAGCAGCACCCAUUCCAUGUCCUGCUAAAUUGUGUCAAGCACAGAGAUAAAGUCAGUAUUGUUGCCCCUUUUUGACCCAAGUGACUAGUCAAAGUUUGGGGCCUGGUGAGUGUUUCAGGUGGGAGUACAAAUUGGUGAAAGUCAAGUGUUUCUUUGAUGCAGUUUUGGUUAUUUACAAUGAAUGUACCAAGUCCUGUUUUUCUGAACACGUAGGCAAUCAAAUAGCAGGAAACAGCUGCUUUUGCUAACAGCACCAAGAGCAGUCUUUUCAGUCUGCACCCGACCCAAAAACCUCUCCCUAUGUGUCAUCCAGGGUGAGCCACCCACUUUCAUCUGCUUCUUCAGCCUGUCAGUGUCACUCACUCAGGCUGUGGCUACCCGAGAGAGCUUAUAGCGGCACAGCUGUACCGAUGCAGCUGUGGUGCUGUAAGAUCUCUAGUGGAGCCACUCAAAGCCAACAGGAGAGAGUUCUCAAACCGACUUAAUUAAUCCACCCCCAACAAAUGUUGGCGACUGUGUCGGCAGGAGAAGCAGAUGUCCAGAACAGGCUUAGGACGGUGUAACUUAUGGUACUCGGUGGGUGACUUAUUCACACCCCUGAUCAACAUAAGUGAUAGUGUAGACAUAGCCUCAGUCUAUUCUCAGUUUCUAUGUGUUCUGUCACAAUACCGAGGCAAACCUUCCAUUCACCCAUAGCAAGGUUUUAUCCAGCUCAUAACCAUAUAUUUUGGUGACUUUAUUUCUUGAUUUAUUUUCAAGAGGUUGCAGACUCAGUGUAUGUCUAUGCUACAAGUGCUGCAGCAAUACUGCAGUAGCAUUGUAGCGUAGACACUACAGCGAUGGAAAGGGGUUUUCUGUCUCUGUAGUAAAUCCACCCUCUCAAGAAAUGGUACCUAGGUUGAUGGAAGAAUUCAUCCUUUUACCUAUCUACACCUACAGUGGGGGUAAGGUCGACCUAGCCCCCCACAGCGUGCGAAAUUUUUUACAGUUCUGAGCAAUGUAGCUAGGUUGAUCUAAGUUUUAGGUGUAGACCAGGCCUCAGGCACUUACACUUUUUUUCAUAGCAUUAUUGUAUAGAGAAAUAACCUAAGCUCUUCAGUUAGAAUUCAUGGUUUUAAGUUUAUUAUUCUGAUUAUGAAUGUCUGUGCUUGGUGUCUUCAAUACUUGUACUUUUGGUGAAUUUAGUCAAAAAUUAUUGAAAAGCACAAAAGUGGAAUACAAAAUAGUUUCGCCACCAAAGAAAAUCCUGGAUACACAGAUACAAGAGUGCACAAUCCCCCUUUAUUUUCUUGAAAGAUCACAUUUUACAAAUAUUUUGACAAAGUUAUCAGGGCCAGUGGCUACAUAUUUGACCCCCCCCCCCCCCCAUUGUAGACUUGAAGUUGAGAUUGACCUUGAAAGCAUGCAGGCUAAGCAGUAAUAGCAGAAAUUCAGACAAAACAAAGUGAAGGUUACAGAUACGUUGGGACAAAGUAAUUUUUAGAUGUGUAAACCCUGGUUUGUACCUCUUGCACUGAAGAAAAAAUUAGAGAUUUAAUUGUUUAAUUUUUUAUGUACAGUAAUGGAUUUUUCCAGCAUAGCUGAUUUUAUUAAAAAAUGUAAAAGUAUUUAUGAUGUUUUAUAAAAGUUGAAUUAAUAAACAAAUCUCCUGUAA